CCAAUCCAUGAGAUUCCCGGAUUCUGCCUUCAAUCUAUUGCUCCCCCCGCCCAUGUUAUAAACCGCCUCUCAUUGCCAUUUCGCUUAGAAGGAAAUAUAUAGCCCCCAUCUCUCUAGGCUCUCGCUCGCUUCGGGUAAUUGAGGAGGAAGGUCGUGAUGGCGCUGAAGCUUCCGUUACCGACAGAGACUGGAGGGAUUUCCUUCCUGGAUUCGAGCAGAGGAACUUUCCAACAGCUCAAAGCGGGAUUUCCUUUGAAAAUGAGGAGGCGUAUUGGUUCAUCAAGGAGAACAUGUUGCUCGAUGCAGCAGGCGCCGCCACCAGCUUGGCCUGGCCGAGCUGUUGCAGAAUCAGGACGCAAGUCAUGGGAUGGUCCAAAGCCUAUCUCAAUUGUUGGAUCUACUGGUUCGAUAGGAACUCAGACAUUGGACAUAGUGGCUGAAAAUCCAGAUAAGUUUAGGGUUGUUGCACUUGCUGCUGGCUCUAAUGUGACGCUCUUGGCUGAUCAGGUUAAAACGUUCAAACCUCAACUGGUUGCUGUAAGAAAUGAGUCAUUGAUUGGGGAACUAAAAGAAGCUUUGGCUGAUGCUGAACACAAACCUGAAAUUAUUCCUGGGGAGCAAGGUGUUAUAGAGGUUGCUCGCCAUCCAGAUGCUGUCACAGUAGUCACGGGAAUAGUAGGAUGUGCAGGCUUAAAGCCCACUGUAGCUGCAAUUGAGGCUGGAAUCGAUAUAGCCUUGGCAAACAAAGAGACUCUUAUUGCAGGUGGUCCUUUUGUGCUUCCUCUUGCACACAAGCAUAAAGUGAAAAUACUGCCCGCUGAUUCAGAACAUUCUGCCAUAUUCCAGUGUAUUCAAGGUUUACCAGAGGGUGCACUUCGCCGCAUAAUUUUGACUGCAUCCGGAGGAGCCUUCAGGGAUUUGCCAGUUGAAAAGUUGAAAGAGGUGAAAGUUGUGGAUGCUUUGAAACAUCCAAACUGGAAUAUGGGGAAAAAGAUCACUGUGGAUUCUGCUACCCUUUUCAACAAGGGGUUGGAAGUUAUUGAAGCACACUAUCUAUUUGGGGCUGAUUAUGAUAAUAUUGAGAUUGUGAUUCAUCCACAGUCAAUCAUUCACUCUAUGGUUGAGACACAGGAUUCAUCUGUUUUGGCUCAGUUGGGGUGGCCUGACAUGCGCCUACCAAUCCUUUAUACAAUGUCUUGGCCGCAGAGAAUUUAUUGCUCUGAAAUUACAUGGCCUCGACUUGAUCUUUGCAAGCUAGGUUCGUUGACAUUUAAGGCU